AUGUUUCCUGCCUCGACUGGCCGCAACUCCGCUGAAGUUCUGCGUGUUAUCGACUCUUUGCAAACUGUUGAUUUACUACUUCUAUCGAUUGGCCGACUGGGGAUGAUGUUAUUGGGCCCCCCGUCUGUCUCUACCGCUGAUGUGAAGAGGAAGUUCCGUGAGGUUCGUGAGGUCAACCCUUACAUCCGCUUUACCGAUAUCUAA